UCUAUGUGACAUGUCCAGGUGCUGGUGGUCUUGUUUUUGGCUCAUGUUGAGUUACUGUGUGGUUGUGUACAGCUGAAAGUGUUUGCCAAGUUCAGUUGACCAAUAAUAUUGUGCCAACAGUGCAGACACCCUCUCUGAAGCAUGUAAAAGAAAGCAGCGCGUCACCUCUCUCCUUCAGGGUCUUGAUCCCAUCCAGCGGUGCAGAUCAACUCCAGCCAACAUACGACCCCUCAUCCUGCUCCUGUGACACAGAGACGCCAACAUGCUCUCGCUCCUCUUGUUGUUUGGUCUGGCUCUGGGUGCUGUGUCUUCUCCUGAUGUGAAGCUACAGCGUGGCAACUGUCCCAUGUUCUGGUACAGCUUCAACGGCCGCUGCUACAAGUACAUUGCCACAGACAUGACCUGGGCUGAUGCAGAGUUCCACUGUUUGUCAGAGGGAGCCAACCUGGUGUCCAUCCACAGUCUGGAUGAACAGAAUUUUGUCAGAUCCCUGAUCCAGAACUUUGACCCUUCACAGGGAAGAACCUGGUAUGGCCUCAGUGACAUUCACAAAGAAGGCAACUGGAUGUGGUCUGACGGUUGCCCAGUGGGCUUUGUCUUUUGGUAUUCGGGACAGCCAGAUGGUGCAUCAGGUCAAAACUGUGUUCAAACCAACGUUUUUGGAUCAGCAUGGAAUGACAAUCCUUGCUCUCUCCCCUCUCCCUUUGUUUGUGCAACACGUAUAAUCUGUCCUUAGCAACUGAGGUAUUACAUGUGAGACUGAACCUGGUCACUGUUCACCUGUUGUUCUGCUGACAUGCAUGAGGCCUUCACAUUAAAGAUGGAAAUGUACACCUA